AAAUGGCAAUUUAAUGUGAGAACUAAUUUUAAAAUUUUCUGUUUUGAUAGAGGAUGGAAAUUAAACAUCAGCUCCCAGCCAGCAUGGCAAAAUUCAGGAUUUUCUGAAUUAUUUCAUUUCCAGAAUAGGCUCACAAGAUGGGCAAAAUUAAGAUUUGCUAUGGUGCCUCAUACAAUGGUAUUAGAGCCAUUAUCUGAAUGUAUGUUGUUGGGCAUUCUUGCUGCAUGGGCUACUAAUUUUCUCUUCCAAUGGGAUGCAGUUGUUGUCUGCUUAGUACACAUUCUUAUCUGGUUUUUCCUCGAUUGGAUAUUACUUUCUAUAAUUCAGAAUAGUUCACUUCCAUUUAGUAAAACAGACUUUGUCAUAACAUGGAUGUUUCGUGAAUGUUGUGCGAUAUAUAUCUUUGUGAAAGCUUUGUGGCAACCUAAUGUCAGGUGGAGAACAGGUGUUUAUCGUUUACGAUGGGGAGGUUCUGUAGAAGAAAUAAAACCAAUGUUGUAGUCUCACCGCUGUGCGGAAAGGAAAAUUUUUUUUAUUAAGACUGUUGUCAGUCUUGAAUACUGUGAUCCAUUUGGGACCUCAAACCACAGUGCAGAAACUUUUAUCUAUGCCUUGCUGGUAAAAGGUAUAGGAAAUAGCCAAUGUUUUUACAACUGUCCAAAAGCAACCUAAAAGAACAUUUUAUGUAUUUAUUUUGAUCAUCAGAACUUAAAAAUGUUGGUGCUGGAAAAGCAAAAAUUACAUCACAAAAUUACAUCUCAUUGAAUUAGCAGAACAUGGAGACAUCAUGAUUCCCUUAAAUGAUAAAUAUAUGUAUGUGUGUUGUUUAUUUUCUUAAGUUAUCUAAACUAAUUUGUUGAUAUUUUACUCAGGUAUCAUCUGAAAUUUUCGUGUUAAAUUAAUACGUUAAUUUUUUUUAGAACUUGUAGUGUAUAAAUUAUUUCAGCUAUAUUUGAAAGAAAAAAAUACAAAUCAUAGAAUCAGUGAUAAACUGCUAUUCUUUUGAAUUCAAGACACUACCUAGAUCAAAUCAUGAUUAUAAAAUAAGAGUUCUAAUUAAUUUAAUUUUUCUUGGUUUAUAUAGAAUGAUUGAAGUGUCGUAAGGUAAGAACUCAUAGAAGAUUCAAAUAGACAUUAAUGAGGUUAUCUGUAAUGGUUAUUACUCAGAGUUCAAGAUGUAAAAAUAAACUUUUCACUCAAUUCUUUAGUUGAUUUUACUACUAAAUCCAUAUUUUUCAAAAAAUUCUAAGGCCUAUAUAUAUAUAAACAUUUUAAAAAUUAUUAAAUCAAAUCUUGAACUUAAACUAAUUCUAAAUAAUAUAUUUAAUUAGAAAAACUCAAUUUUACAUAAAACUAUUGUUCUUUCAAGUCACAAACCAAAUAUAAGCUAAUUCUUUGGCAAAUAUUUUAAAUUUUUCAUACAUACAAGACUAUUUGCAAAAAUACAAAUAAAUUGUUAGUUUUACAAUUAGCUUAAAUAUAAUUUUUGAAUAAAAAUAUACUGUUAAUAUUAAAAUUGGAAUGAGGAAAUAUCUUAUUUUUUUAUUAUUGUUUUAGAUAUUUGUUCUAUAUUGCUUAUUUAUUAUUGAAUUUCUGUAACUGUUUUAAAGAUUUGUUAUUCUACAGAAGUUUAGAAUUUUAGUUAAAAUUUAGAAAAAAAUAUUCUUCCAGUUUAAUUUUUUUCACCUUGUAUAAACUUAGAAAAACCAUAAUAAUAACUGAAAAA